UCCACUGUUCACUCGUUUACUAAGAGGGGAAGAGGGAUCAACAAAAGAGAAGAGGGGAGAUAUGAGGUCUCUACUGAAGCUGGUUGUUCUGCUGUUCUGUGUCCAGAGAGGAGAGGGACACUGGCUGCGCUCACUACUCGAGCAGCGAGGGCAAGCAUCAUCCCCCCCAUCAGAGGAGGAGAGGAGAGGUGGAGGAGGAGAAUCCAACAAAGGGAACGACAACAAUAAGAACACAGAAGGUUCCGGAUUCGGAGUAGAAGACCAAAGAGGUUCCGUCCCAUCCCCAGCCCCAAUCCGGUCCCGCCGCUCUUCAACCCAGUGUCGUCUCCACUCCAUCCUCCUCCAGGUACGAGAGCUGGGUCUGGGCUACGACGCGGACGAGACCGUCCUCUUCAAGUACUGCAGCGGAGACUGUCCCCGUGUCCGCUCCAACCAUGAUCUGACCCUGACCAACCUGCUCCUGAGGGGGGCGCUGCCCGAGCAGAGUGGAGAGAUGUGGCAGAAGGGACCAUGCUGCAGGCCCACCCACCAUGAAGAUCUAGCCUUUUUGGAUAAUGCCCAUCGCUGGCACAAGGUGGAGAAGCUGUCGGCUGCAGGGUGUAACUGUGUGGGUUAAUGAGGAGGAGCUGGACAUGAAGGGGGAGGGCCUGGGACUGAACAUUCACUUUUGGGCCGUGGCCAUUGGCUGUUCAGAAUGCAGUGGGAGAGGCAUAGAAGCUCAGGCUGUGCUGUAAAAAUUGAGAUCAAGGAGGAAAGCGAUUACGGAUGUAGCUAUUAUUUGCUAGAAAGAAAUGCAUUCAUUUUGCGUAUGUAUAUUUAUAUUUAUUUAAAGUUGCUUUGGAGAGUUUUUUUUUUUACCAAUGACGAGAAUGGAUCUUAUUUUGCUGCAGAUUAAAUUAAUAGU